AUGUUUUUCCUUUGGCUUAUAUUUUAUUCCCUUGUCAACUCUAGACAAUUAACUGCAGAGGGAGGAAAUUCAACAAGUGGACCAACAGAAUCACAUCACGUUCCAACACUUACUGGCGUAAUUAUUACAAUGGUACUUGGCACACUUUGCAUUUUCUUAACAAUCAUUCCAUUAUGUCUCAUAAAACAAGAAGAAGAGUUCAAAUACGAUCCUAGUAAGCCGUUGUUAGGCAACGCCCCUGUUGAUUGA